GAGAAGGUGCGCUCCGCUGGGACAGAGGAGGCAUAAAGAGACGGGGAGGGAGGGAAUGAGAUUUCUUGCUACCCAAUCCCUCUUUUCCCCAGGGACAGCAAGCCUUCCCUGGUCCAUCCCUCCCUCUUGUUUGGUAAUCAUUUCAUUUUACUCCUUUUUGAAGCAGUCGCCCGUUUUAUCCCACUUUUCAUUUCACAAUCCCGUGCGCGUCUGUUCGCCUUCUUCUUCAGAGCAAGUUCGCGUUCUCCCCUCUUUCUCCCCGCGACGAGAAGGUCUGCUUGAUCCCGGCUGAUCGUUUCCUUUGAGAUGCUCCACAGCUCUUGCCUUCUCUCCACCCUCUUUUAACUAGAGACCGGUUAAUCUUGAGUGAACUGAACUUGGGUUUGGAAUCUAAAAGAAAGAGGAACACCCAAAGGGAUACGGCAGCGCGUCUUUGGAUAAGGACCUCUUUCCCCUUGUUGCACUUUGGGGAAGAUUUUUUCCCUUUCAGUUGGUUUUUGUUAAUCCAGGUGGUGCAGGAGGAUUAUUCCACUCGAGCUGGUGUAGAGAGACAUCCCCCAGAAGGCUAUUUUCAUGUUCUCCAUCCAGGACGGUCUCCCACGGGGAGCCUUGACCAUGAAAGAAGAGCCCCUUACGAGUGGCAUGACGCCGGUGCGCUCUUGGAUGCAGAGCGCGGGGAUACUGGAUGCCAACACAGCUGCGCAAAGUGGUGUGGGUUUGGCAAGAGCCCAUUAUGAGAAACAGCCUCCCUCGAACCUGCGCAAGUCAAACUUCUUCCACUUUGUGCUGGCCCUGUAUGACCGGCAGGGACAGCCCGUCGAGAUCGAGAGAACCUCCUACGUGGACUUUGUGGAAAAAGACAAAGAAUACAAUGGCGAGAAGACCAACAAUGGCAUCCACUACAGGUUACAGCUUCUCUACAGCAACGGUAUCAGGACAGAACAGGAUCUGUAUGUUCGAUUAAUAGACUCCAUGACUAAACAGCCAAUCCUUUAUGAAGGCCAAGACAAAAACCCAGAGAUGUGUCGUGUUCUCCUCACCCAUGAGAUCAUGUGCAGCCGGUGUUGUGACAAGAAGAGCUGCGGGAACCGAAACGAGACGCCAUCCGAUCCUGUCAUCAUCGACAGAUUCUUCCUGAAAUUCUUUCUCAAGUGUAAUCAGAACUGUUUGAAAAAUGCAGGGAAUCCCAGAGACAUGAGGCGAUUUCAGGUGGUGGUGUCCACCACAGUGAACGUGGACGGCCAUGUCCUGGCUGUGUCAGAUAACAUGUUUGUCCACAACAACUCCAAACAUGGGCGGAGGGCGCGACGCCUGGACCCUUCUGAAGCAGCCACUCCAUGCAUUAAGGCCAUCAGUCCCAGUGAAGGAUGGACGACUGGGGGGGCCACCGUCAUCAUCAUUGGGGACAACUUCUUUGACGGAUUACAAGUGGUCUUCGGCACAAUGCUAGUUUGGAGUGAACUCAUCACACCUCACGCCAUCCGGGUGCAGACGCCCCCCAGACACAUCCCCGGGGUCGUGGAGGUCACACUCUCCUACAAGUCCAAGCAGUUCUGCAAAGGAGCUCCGGGACGCUUCGUCUACACAGCUUUGAACGAGCCCACCAUAGACUACGGCUUCCAGAGGCUACAAAAGGUCAUCCCUCGUCACCCUGGAGACCCAGAGAGGUUACCUAAGGAAGUUCUUCUGAAAAGAGCUGCAGACUUGGUGGAAGCGCUGUAUGGAAUGCCUCAUAACAAUCAGGAGAUCAUUUUAAAGCGUGCCGCAGACCUGACGGAGGCGCUGUACAGCGUGCCACGGAGCCAUAACCAGUUGCCCUCGCUGACAGGCUCCAGCGCUCACUCGGGCAUGAUGGGAGUUAACUCUUUCAGCAGCCAGCUCGCCGUCAACAUCUCUGAAGCCUCACAGGGAGACCAAGGUUACUCUCGUAACUCGAACAGCGUGUCUCCUCGCGGGUACGUGCCGAGCUCCACACCCCAGCAGUCCAACUACAACACCAUCACCUCCACCAUGAACGGAUACGGAGCCGGGAUGACCAACCUGGGCGUCCCUGGAUCCCCAAGUUUCCUCAACGGAUCCGCCGCCAACUCUCCUUACGCAAUCAAACAGAAGAGCGCCUUCGCGCCUGUCGUCCGGCCACAGACCUCCCCGCCCCCCACCUGCACCAGCACCAAUGGGAGCAGUCUACAGGCUAUGGCUGGUCUGAUUGUCCCUCCCAUGUGAAGAGGAACCUCAUCUUCCUCAACGGCUUCAUUGAGCCCACAACAAACUCACUGGCUCACCAAAUCUGUCUGACACUCUCUUAUCGAACAUCACCAGUCCUAUGAGGAGCUGCCCGAAAAGAACAUCUACACCUGGAUCGCUAGAAGAAGAACAAAAAAAAAAAAAAAAGAAAAGUGUACCUGGCCUGAAAAUGUCCCAUGUCCUGAAAUGUCAAUAGAUGUGUUUGUUUUGCCCUCUAUGACUUCAUCCUUGGAGACUCGCCAUACCGGGUGGCAUUUCGAACGGGAAGGAUAAAAGCCGGAUAUUAUCGCAAUGUGAACGAGAAGCUGAGGUUUUGACACGUUUGCGGCCGUAGGGGCUUCUUUGCAUGGCUGAUGUUGUCUGUAGACUGUUCGUUUCAUACUGUAUGUCUGUCCUGUUUCCACUGUGAGAAGAGAGGCGCCACUCAUCCAGAUGGGACUGCGACGACUCCAAGCGCCAUUCGGAAAUGAUUCGUUCCUAAUUACGACACGCAGUGUCUUUUGGUUUAGAACAUCAAGCUGAUUUUUUUUUCUUCGCUUUUGUUUUAAACAUCAAAUGAGAACAGAGUGAUGCACAAACAAACACAAUAUGAUCCCAGACUGUAAUUUAGUAAUGGAUGUCAGUCAUUUUUACUCAUACUGUUUCUGUAGUUCCAGUAUAGUUCCAGGUGUGUGGAUAGGUAGAUUUAAGCCAGGAAUGCUUUCUGCAGUUUUAAUCACAUUUAGGUACCAGACUUAUUGUUGAACUUCUUAUUGUGCUUUUUUGUAUGUAUUUAUAAAGUUCGUUUCGGGAUUUCUUUGGUGAGUUAGGCCUGAAUAAUAGUAUCAAAUAUCUAUGUCAACACAUUUGAUGUCUUAAUACCUUUUAGAUAUUGUAAAAAGAGUGAAAAAUAAAAGGGAUUACACUUUUUUUGUACAAACAAAAACGACAAGACAAAAAAAAGAAAAAAAAAAAAGGUCAGGACAUGACCAGGACACCUGUUUUUUGAAAGCAGGGUGCAAAGCUCCACCACUUUUGUAAAAAAAAAUAACAUUUUUUCAAUCGUAUAUUUAAUGUUUUCUUUUGGCAAAAAGCAUUUGUGUUCUUGUUCCUCCUCUCGUCUCGUGUGUUCUCGUGAAACGUGUAUGAUCAUAGUUAUUUCCUAAUGCACUAUUUUUGUUGGGGCACUUACAAGAGCUAUGUAUCUUAGCAAGCAGAUGAAAAUAAUAAUAAUAAUAAUAAUAAAAAAGAACAAAAAAAAUUUGAAAACCUAUACAAAUAUGCACCAGACGAUUUUUGGGAUUGAUUACUCUUUGCUUUGGUCAUGAUAACUGAAAUGGCUAAUCGUUCAUCAUGUGAUUUUGUUAAUGUUUCCAUAAUACUUCUCUGUCCUUGUUGAGGUUUAUUUUUUCGACUGGUGAAAAGUCUAAAUUUCUAUCUAAUGUGCUGAUAGAUAUGCCACAUGUCUAUAUCACGGAUCACAUCAGAAAAGUCAAAACCUGUUAAAACGGAGCACAUUUUGACGUGAAACCAUUCAUUGACGUCAAUGUCGCUGGUGAUGUUGUUAAUUGUCGCACACACAUGCACAAUUUAUGCAAUUUGUAUUUAAAUGCAACUCGCAAUCUGCAUUUCAGUGGAUUAGCUGUGAAAAUUAAUGGAAGGAGAUAUAAUAUGAUGCCUUAAAAUAGGAUGUGCUCCAGGACAGUAUCGAAAAAAUAGUCUGAUAUGAUGCGUUUGAAUACUUAUGAAACAACGUUUUAGGUCAUAGUAGGGAAAUAUUGAGAAAAUCAUGAAGGUGGUUUCUUAGUCAUGUUUGGUUUUGUUUCUGUUUGUGAUUAAACAUCUUAGACUGAGCACUUGGAAACAAUGUCAUUUUAAUAUUCCAGUCAUGAUUUUUCUCUAUUUUCCUCAAGUGAGUGAAGGUGUGUGUUUGCUAAGACGUGAAAGAAAUUGCGGUUUCUGAGGACCUCUUUUAAUUUCACAGGUGACCUAAUUACUUCACAUUCGUCCUUUUGGGGUUUAGACAUAAAUGGGGUAAAGAAAAUACAAUUUGACAGUGCCCUAUUAUACUAAAACAGCUGAAUUCAAUCUCAAAGUUGACAUGAAAACAUCUCAGAGAUCCAGCUUGGCUGGAAACACACACACAUACACACACGUGUCCGUCCACUUCACCCAAGCAUUCAGUUUCCUAAUAGCUUGUGAAAGGUUUUUUGUCAUAGAUGUAGAGAGCUGGCUUCUGCUUUCUUUUUUCAAAACCUGUUUUCUUUGGAAAUGUUGAACUGGAGGUGAAAUGGAGAAAGGUACUGCAUCUUUGUGAAAUAUGAAAUAUUAUAUCAAAAUAUAUCAAAGCACAAUGUUUAAUUAAUGUCUUUAGAAUUCAGAUAGGGAGAUGUAUACAACUUUCCGUUUUUUUUCUCUCUCUGACCAUGCUGUAAAUAAAUGCAUGUUUUUUCCUUUUUCAAUUUUUUUUUUCCUGUGAUCCCGUGCUUUUUGUACAGAAACAGAAAAAUAAAGAUUACAUUUGGCUUGAAAA